CUUUACUGCUGCGAUAGCUGAAGCUCAAGCUGGAGUUAGUGAAGAUGGAGGCAGCCGAAGGGACAGCAGAGGAAACGCAGGGAAGCGGAGUGAUGGAAGAAAUUUACAUCCCAGUUAUGAAACUAGACGUUGGAGGGAAUUUUGUUUCCACUUUUCAUCAGCACUUGGCAAAGUACGUUCCACUUAUUUACACUGAUGAAAUGCAGCCUCUUUUGGAGAAGGAAGAGCAGUUGGCAGAGACGACCAUCCUCACCCCACUUGAAUGGUAUCUGUUUGGAGAGGAUCCUAAGGUGUUUGUGGAGAAGCUGCGGCAAAGUGAGGCCCCCCCGCUCUGUGGCAAAGUGUUUAGAGGAGGAGAGACCACCUAUUCUUGCAGGGAUUGUGCAAUUGAUUCGACCUGUGUCCUCUGUAUGAACUGUUUCCAGAACAGUGUUCACAAAAACCAUCGUUACAAGAUGCAUUCCUCUUUGGGAGGAGGAUUUUGCGACUGUGGCGACACAGAAGCCUGGAAAACUGGUCCAUAUUGUAAGAUCCACGAGCCUGGUGCAUCGGAUGUUGCUGAGAAUUCUGGGUUCCGGUUGCCUGAGGAUCUCUUGGCCCACGCCAGAGAAGUUUUCCCUGUGGUCAUACAGUAUAUCGUAGACCUGCUAAUCUGGGAAGAACAAAUGAAGCUGCCUUCAUAUCUGGACACUGGGUCUAAGAAAGCUGAUCAUUAUUAUUGUGUGCUUUUCAAUGACGAACAUCACUCGUACAACCAUGUCAUCUACAGUUUGCAGAGGUCGCUAGGCUGUGACCUAAAAGAGGCACAGGCAUUCACCAGUGCGGUUGAUAAAGAGGGUCGCAGAACUGUGAAACAGGGCACGUUAGAAGAAUGUAGAGAGGUAGCAGAAGACAUCAAGGCUCAUUCAGAGAAUGUUUCCCUGCGUCCACUUCGUGUGGAGUUGCUGCACUCCCUAGUAAUAGCCCAUCAGAGCUUUGCAUUCCAGCUAGCAGUCUGGCUGAACAAACUACUGGCCUACUCUAGUGACUUUCGGCAGAUCUUUUGUCAUGUUUGUCUGGAGAAAAGAAUUACUGUGUCUAAUCAGCUGUGCUACAUCAGCUUGCUCAUUGUAUGGGAUGCCAGGCUACAUAAAAGUGUCCGAAAAGUGCUGCAUGAUUUAAUCUUCAGCAGCUUUUUCAUGGAAAUGGAAUAUAAGAAACUGUUUGCAAUAGAAUUUGUUAAGCACUACAAGCAGGUACAGAAAGAAUAUAUGGAUGAUGAUCACGACAGAAAUAUCUCUGUCACUGCAAUUUCUGUUCAGGUCUUCACCGUUCCCACCCUGGCUCGGCUGCUCAUAGAAGAGCAAAAUGUAAUUAAAGUCAUCACUGAGACACUACUAGAAGUCCUACCUGAGUACCUAGGUGCCGACAACAAGUUUAACUUCCAGGGCUACAGCCAGGAAAGGUUUUGCAGAGUUUAUGCCAUCAUCUGCGACCUAAAAUACAUUCUCAUUAGUAAACCUACAGUAUGGACUGAGAAGUUAAGAACCAAGUUUCUGGAGGGAUUCAAGUCGUUCCUGUAUGUUUUAUCGUGCAUGCAGGGUAUGGAAGCAAUAAGUAGAAUGGUAGAACAACAUGUGGAGAUGGAUUCAGACUGGGAAGCUGCAAUAGCCAUUCAGAUGCAACUGAAGAAUGUCUUAAUGCUCAUGCAGGAAUGGUGCGCCUGUGACGAUGAUAUAUUGCUUAAUGCCUACAAGGAAUGCUACCAAAUGGUCCUGCAAUGUAGCAACCUCACUUCUGACGAGAAGACGCCAAUUGAAAUGUGUGGACAUUCAUAUCAGAGCUAUCCAUACAAAGUGUCCAGAGAUCCAAUCAGCAUACACCUUCCACUCUCUCGGAUGUUGGCUGGAUUGCACUCACACAUGAGUAAAACUGGUGCUAUCGCAAGAAUAUCUGAAAUUAUCCCCCAUGAAAAUUUCCAAGUUGAACUGCUUGUUGAAUAUCCCUUAAGGUGUUUGGUGCUUGUAGGGCAGGCAUCUGCAGAAAUGUGGAGGAGGAAUGGACUCACUAUCAUUAGCCAGGUAUUCUACUAUCAAGAUGUUAAGUGCAGAGAAGAAAUGUAUGACAAAGACAUCCUAAUGCUUCAGAUCGGUGCAUCUUAUAUAGAGCCAAAUAGCUUCAUGCUUCUUCUUCUGCAGAGGUUUGAACUUCAAGAUGCCUUCUCUAAAGCAGAGCCUCUCAAAGACAUGGACCUGGCAAGACAACGUAAUAUUCUAAUUGAAGAAAUGCUUCACGUACUUAUUUGCAUUGUUGGAGAGCGAUAUGUACCUGGAAUAAGUUGUGUUACCAGAGAGGAGUGCACAAUGAGAGAAAUAAUCCACUUGCUUUGCAUUGAACCCAUGGCUCACAGUGCAAUUGCCAGAGCCCUGCCUGAGACCGAAAAUAAUGAUAUAUGCUUGGAUAAGGUGAUCACUAAAGUAGCCACCUUUAAAAAGCCUGGGGUCUCUGGACAUGGUGUUUACGAACUAAAGGAAGAGUACCUUGGUCAGUUUAAUGUGUUCUUCUAUCACUACACAAAGACCCAGCGCAGUAAGGCUGAACACACACAGAAAAAAAGACGAAAACAAGAAAACUGUUCUGAAGCACUACCUCCGCCUCCACCUCCAGAAUUCAGCCAAGCUUUCCAUACUGUGAGCAGCCUUCUGUACUGCGACAUUAUGAUGCACAUACUAAGGACAAUUCUCCAGAGGGCAUCAGAGGAUGAUCCCAACACCUGGACAGAAGGCAUGAUACAGAUGGUUCUCCAUAUUAUAGCUCUGGGUUUGCUGGAAGAAAAACAGCAGUUACAGAAUUCUGCUGAAGCAGAAGUAAAAUUUGACUUCUAUUACAAAGCAAGAAGAGCUGGAAGCUCAGACAUUAAUGCAGUAAGUGUGAUAACUCUGUUGGAGAAACUAAAUGGUGUUACACAGCUAGAGGCUCAGAAAGACAUGAUCAACUGGGUCCGACAGAUGUUUGAAACCGUGAAAAGGCUAAGGGAGAAGACUGGUCAAAUAUCCUUUGCAACAUCAUCAUCGUCUGAUGUUAAAGUUGAUGAGGGACAGAACUCUCAAGAGAAGGAGAAGCGCAAACGUAAAGCUGAGGCAGCACGCCUCCACCGCCAGAAGAUAAUGGAACAGAUGUCUGCUCUUCAAAGGAAUUUCAUUGAAACAAACAAGCUCCUCUAUGACACCACUAUGGAAGUUCAAGAGACCCCCACACCUACAGAUGAGAGUUUGUUGAUGAUAGAAGGUGGGUCCAAGAUUACAUUAGGUCCAAAACGUGGUCCAUCUGUGCCAGACAAGGAGGUGUUGACUUGCAUCUUGUGCCAGGAGGAGCAGGAAGUGAGACUAGAUAAACCUACCAUGGUGCUUACAGCUUGUGUUCAGAAAUCUACCACUCUUUCCCAGACCCGAGGCAAAGCUUUCGUACAUUCAGGCGAAUCCUUCAAUCCUCUUUUUACAAACCCUGAGAUGUCUUGUGGAACCCAUACCGGCAGCUGUGGACAUGUUAUGCACGUUGUAUGCUGGCAAAAAUUUUUUGAGGCCAUGCAGGUCAACGCUCGGCAACGUCUUCAUGUUGAAUUGAUAUUUGAUCUUGGCAAUGGCGAGUACUUGUGUCCUCUCUGCAAGUGCCAUUGUAAUACAGUUAUUCCUAUAAUUCCUAUUACCGCUCAGCAUAUAAAGAGUGCUGAUGCCGAAGCAGUUGGACAGGUUUUGUCGUUGUCUUGCUGGUUGGAUGUGAUUGCAGCUAGGAUAUCCGGUUUCAACAGAAAAACUGUUAAAGGAGAAAAGGCAAUAUCUCCAGAGUUCAUUAAGUGUUCAGAAAAUCAAAGUUAUGAUUUCCGUUCCAUUCUCUGCUUUGGAGUGCAACCCUUUCCCAGCUAUACUGCUAGUAUGAAGGAAAUGUUGAUCCACUUCUCUACUACGGUUUACCGAGUGGGCCUCAAUCUUCCUCCCAACGAGACUGACCCACGCCUUCCUAUCAUGGCUUGGAACACCUGUGCAUUUACUAUUCAGUGUAUAGAGAGCUUGCUUCGAAUCGAUGAAAAAUCAUUGCUAGGAUCUUUGCAAAAUCGCCAGCAUGCAGGACUUAAAGCAUUAGUGAAAUUUGCUGAAGCCCAAAGAAUUACAUGUCCCCAAACUACUAUACAGAAGCAUCUGGUGCAGUUACUGGCAGUUUUUCUGCCAAACAUCAAACUUGAGAAUACCCCUUGCUUCCUGAGUGUCGAUGCAUUUCACCUUUUGGUGGCAUCUGUAUUGGCAUUCCCAUCAUUAUAUUGGGAAGAUCGAGUGGAUCUCCAACCGUCACCCAUAACCUCUGCUUGCAACGACCUCUACCUCUUCCAUCUGGUCACAAUGAUGCACAUUGUACAGAUCAUCUUCAGUUCAGCUUCAGCACGGCAUUCCGCCGUCUCCUCUACUCUGACGUCAGACGCCACUGAAGCUGAGUGCUUGUCAGACUGCAGCGCUACUCUCUCUACAGUUCCCGCAUACAGAGGAGGAUUUCUCUUCCACCGGACUUCAGAUUUCGUAGCUGAUGAAGUAACAGAUGAUUCUGAAGAAGCUCACAGUGCUGCAAGUCUCUGCCAGGAGCUUUCUCGGUUUACCAAAGGUUGUUUAUCUGCUGACCUGCCUGGCUGCUAUGUGUGGAACUGUGUUAAAAAAGGGAUUAUGCCAUUUCUGCGAGGUGCAGCCCUGUUAUUCCAUUAUUUGCUGGGAGUUGCUCCACCAGAAGAACUGAAAUCACCAGUUUAUUAUGCAGGAAGCCAAGAAGGUCAACUGAAAGCUCUUUGCAGCUACCUCCACUUACCUAACAACUUGUUUCUGCUCUUUCAUGAGUACUCGGACACUGUGAAACCACUUCUGCAAAGGUGGUGCUCUGACCCAGCUGUACUAAGCGUCCUAAAAAGUUCUGCACUCAGGUAUCCAAGGAAACUUAACACUCUAAUAGAGCUUCCAGAAGAUUACAGCUGUCUCCUGAAUCAAGCUUCUCAGUUCAAAUGCCCAAAGUCUCUGGAUUCUGAUCGGAAGCACCCAGUACUCUGUCUCUUCUGUGGGGCUAUGCUUUGCUCUCAAAAUACGUGCUGUCAGGAGGUGGUGAAUGGAGAGGAAUUAGGAGCCUGCACAACACAUGCUCUGAGCUGUGGAGCUGGAGUCUGCAUGUUUCUCAAGAUCAGAGAAUGUAAAGUAGUUCUUAUUGAAGGCAAAACGAGAGGUUGUAUGUAUCCAGCUCCCUAUUUGGACGAGUAUGGUGAAACUGAUCCAGGAUUAAAAAGAGGGAACCCCCUGCACCUUUCUCAUGAACGUUAUAGGAAAUUGCACCAGCUUUGGCAGCAUCAUGGUAUUAUCGAGGAAAUCGCUCACAGCCUAGAAGUUAGCCAGAUAAUCUUUGGAUUCAAUUGGAACCUGCUUUAAGUGUCAAUCUUCUGUGGAAACCAAAAGGGAGGGCUGCUUUACAGAAUAUAUACUCCAUCCAUGCACUUGACCCAGAAUAACGAUUACUAUUUUUUAUCAAUGUGAUUAAUAUCAUAAACUUUUUUUUAAGUUUGCAUUUUCCACGCAUUUAAAACAAAAAUAGAAAUGUUGCAAUGUAAACCUGGAUUGAAACAUUAUGUAUUUUCAAUCCUUUAGGUAUUGAUGUGAAAACAAGUUGUUGACAGCUAACGUUUCUGAAAUCAUUCCUCUGUUAAGUGACUCUAAAAGGGGAUUGUGCCAUUAUGUAUUGUGUCCCAAUGCAUUUGAUCAGAGGUUGACAAAAUAAACUGCUGUAAUGAUUUUAUAGUUUCAAUAAAAUGCUAAUCCAUUAUUAAUCGAUACUUGAAUAUAAAAAUGUAUCCACCAACAUUUAAUAGUAUUUGUGCAUAAUGAUUUAAUAACUUGUUCAAUAUAGGUAGUUUAAAUAAUGUUUAUUCAUUUGCCUCGAAGCAAAAACUAAACUUUCUUUUGCCAUGUAUAGGAAAUUCUUAAUGGCUGUGAUCUGACCAACCGGACAUCUUUAAGGCAAUCUUUCCCAUGUUAAUAUACCUUCCAAAAUGUUAUUGUCCCAAUCUGGGGAACAUAUUUGGGUUUGGUUAUGAAUAUUGUAUGUUUUAAAUAUAUAUAGACAUUUACCACUACUAGCAGAGUGACAAAAUCAGAUCAAUAGUAAAUCGAAAUAGCCACACACACUUUUUUUAAAACCCCAAAAAUGUAUGUAUAUAUUAACUAGCUUGCCAUGGAAAAGCUAUUAAAACAUCUCUUGAAAAGUAUAAUCAAAGUGCUGCUAGAAUGGACUGAAAUAGUGUUAUAGAAUACACGCCAAUCUCCCAUGUUUACGGUCUACUAUGUUUUGGUGAAAAAAAAAGAAAGACUUUAUGGCUAAGUUGUGUCUUGGUUCUAACUUUAAACAAAAUAAUGCACAUCAUGGUAUAGAUCACCCCAAUAAUCAAAGGCAGAAGUGUGGUACAAAAUAUUGAGGUUCUCACAAAUGCUACAGCACCAACAUGUGCUUAAUAGAGCAGGCUGGGCUCUAACAGUGGUCACUGAACUCCCAGCUCUGGACUCCACAAGUGCAGGUGAAAUUUUACAAAUUUAUUGAAAAAAAAAUAAAUAAAAACCCACUUAGGGCAACACAGGUUUUGCAGAGUACACGUUGCACUUUGAUAAAUACUAUUAACUUUAGAUUUGAAUUCCCACUGGCAAGUAUAUUGUUUUCUAGUGAUAUCCUUGCACUUUAAACACUGCAGAUGCACAAUUCAUAAUGCAAACAACAUUAAUCCAUCUGCUGCAAAAUAAAUCUAAGCUUAGUCAGUAUUUUAAAGUUAAUAUUUUAGCAAAGUCUCGAUCAUGAUUGCAUGUGAAGUUUUCCAUUUUACUCCCAAAUUGUUGUAACACCAGCAAUAACAAAGUCUUGGGGCCCCUUGUUUUCUAAAUUUUUUGUUAAAAAUAUUUUAAAAUCUGUUUCACUUUGAAAAAGUCAAACAGUGAAUGCAAUUGUUACAAAAAAAAAAUCAGCUUUGUAAUUAUUUGUUGCAUACCAGAUAAAUGGUUUUUAUCUUCAGUAACUCUUAAUCUGUCCCAGUCAUUCAUCUUUUUUUUUUUUUAUUAAAUCACAGCAGAAUUGUAUAGUUGUUUGAAAAAUCAUUUAAAAAAAUACUUUGCGCCAAAUGCAUCUACAGUAAUUCAUCAAAUAGGGAAUUUUCAAUCUUGAGUUCUUUAAAAUCCAGGUUAACAUUAUUUAAAGAAAUUGCAAUUAAAUUGAAAGGUAGUAGAACCUUGUAACAAUCAAAAAAUACUUUUUGACAGUAGUUUUCUUUCUGGAGCCGCCAUUAGGUUACUAGAAUAUAUAAGUACAGCUUCUCGUCUUGCUUUUAUUGGUUUAUUUACAAAACCACUCCCCUAUUUAAAAAGCAGUUUAUAAAUAAAUACCCAAAACAUUGGAAGGUUUCUCUUAGCAUUCUUUCUAGAUUUUAUUACGGAAGCCAAUUGGACUGAAUUUUUUUUUGUUUUGUUAAUUGCAGCUCAGAAUGCAUUUGUAUGUCAACAAAUCUGUCCUCUUUCAUAAUGCUGGUUUCAUGUUUUUUUUCAUAUACAUACUGUAGAAUUAGUCUUUAUUUGUGUAUUUGAUUACUUUGCAACUUGUUUUUAAGAUUUUGUGAGGUUCAAAUUCAAGAUUGUAUACAAAUAAACAGUAUUUUCCUA